AUGGCAACUGAAGCUCCACAAAACAUGAUCCUUCGUGUCAUCGAGGCGGAACGUGUGAGAAAACUAAAACUCAGCUCCCGUCCAGCCUCUGUUGAUGCACUGAUUGAGAUUUUAAAAGAACAGCUGGAACUGGACUGUGACUUAAGUUUGAAGUACGAAGAUCCAGACUUUGAUGGAAAACUCACUUGCCUUGUUGACAUUGAGGAGUUGCCACAAAAAGCCUGUGUUCAUAUUUCACUUACACGGGAUUCCAGUUCUCUUGCAUCUACUGAUACCCUUUCAAAUGUGUCAUCCCCAGAACGUCUCAGUAGAUGGCCUCCAGGUCCAUUUCAGAUUCCCACAUUUGCAUUUGACGUUGAGCUGACACUUAGAGACGGGAAUGCUGAAUUUGAAAAGAAUGAAAAACCUCUACAGUUGUCAAGGGACCAAAAGCACAAUAUUUUAGACAAACUGGCAUCUACCAUAUAUGGUUUCAAGGCCUACCCCAGUGAUAAGGAGAUAGCAAUGGUGGCUGAAGCUCUUGUGAGGAAACAUCCCUGUUUAAAAGAAGCAGGGUCCGACAUUGGAUGGAAUGGCUGGAAGAACAGCAUCAAAUUUAAAAUGGGAAAUUACAGGACCAAGAUGAGAAGAGCUGGAUGUCAGGAGGUCACUGUAAAUGCUGGGAAAAGAAGCCGAAAAAACCCUGAAAAUGAACCUUCACACUCCAACAUAAAAAGACCGAAGCGUGCAGAGGUCAACUUUCUGCCCAACUUUCCUCAAGGAGAGGAUCCCUCAAGUCUUGACCUUGUGUGGCAGGCUAUUGUUGAGGAAGUAAAGAAGACUGAGAGAAACCUGCCUCUUAUCAGUCAGAUGAUGCAGACCACAUUUGCCUUGCGACGUCAGACCAUUGUUAUGUCAUGCCCUCCAGUCAAAGAGCUCAUGGACCUCUGGCCUGCGCUUCAAAUGCAGUCUGAGGUGUAUGCAGAGUUCCAAAGGAUAACAAACCAGAACCUUCCAAACACUUUCUAUGCCCAACUUGAUCGCCACACUCCUCGCUUGAUGGCCUUAUUUAGGCAGAAAGCUUCUAAAACUGGAAAGAUGGCUGACGCCUUGGCUGAAAUCUUCAGCGUCCAUGAUGCACAGGAUGAUAUGGAUAUGGAUGAACCAGACCUGGGGGAUGUGCCAGUGGCCCUCCUGACUACCGUCAGUGACGAUGUCCCAAGUCCAGUUCACUACAACCCAGUGAGAGUGUCCGUCAUCCUUGAGGGUGAUGUAGUUUUGAACCUUCCCAGGCUUGGUGAUGCCUUCGUGGUCAUGUUUGGCCUCAUAUACGCACUACAUCUCAGCUAUCCUAAGGGACUCACCAACACUUUUGAGUUCACACAGAAGAUCUUGCAUGGUCUUGAUGACUGUAAGCUGUCACCCAAGCUGCAGAGUCUUAAAAAUGACCUGAUGUUAUAUGUGUAA